UGUCCUAGCGACGGAGGUUGCUCCGCGGCGCCAUUUUUGUAGCGCUAAGCGUCCGGUGCCCUUUCCCGCGCUUUAGGGUCUCAGGAGCCGCGUUUGUCAGGAGCCAUCUCCCGAGUCACAGGGUGUCAGGAGCCGCGUUUGUCAGGAGCCAUCUCCCGGGUCACAGGGUGUCAGGAGCCAUCUCCCGGGUCACAGGUUGUCAGGAGCCAUCUCCCGGGUCACAGGGUGUCAGGAGCCAUCUCCCGGGUCACAGGUUGUCAGGAGCCGCGUGUCAGGGUGUCAGGAGUCAUCUCCCGGGUUACAGGUUGUCAGGAGCCGUGUCUGUCAGGAGCCAUCUCCCGGGUCACAGGGUGUCAGGAGCCAUCACCCAGGUGUCAGGAGCCAUCUCCCGGGUUACAGGGUGUCAGGAGCCAUCUCCCGGGUCACAGGGUGUCAGGAGCCAUCACCCAGGUGUCAGGAGCCAUCUCCCGGGUCACAGGUUGUCAGGAGCCACGUGUGUCAGGAGCUAACUCCCGGGUCACAGGGUGUCAGGAGCCAUCUCCCAGGUCACAGGGUGUCAGGAGCCGCGUCUGUCAGGGUGUCAGGGGCCGCAUCAGGAGGAUGGGGAGCAGAGUGUAUCACUGGCUGUUCUGCGGGUGCAGGGCUCUGUGCUCCGGGCUGUGUGCGCUGUGGCCCCAGGGCUGGCUGGAGAAGUGGACCACACAUGACAUCGAGGGCAGGCCCCGCCCCGGGCAGGACACCGCGUGUAAGAAAUUCCUGCGCGCCUGCGGAGGCUUCACCCUUGGCCUCCUGCUCACUGCGCUCUACGCCGUCAUUGUGCUGUUUGUCAAAUGCCACAACACCCAGUUUUGCCUGUGGUCCACUAUAGUGCUGGGCACCUUCCUGACCCUGGGCAUGGCCUUCAGCGCCACCGUGCGGACUAUCGUCUUCCUCAUGCUGCCCCAGCUGUGCUCAGGGAAAGGAACAACCAUCAUGAUAUUUAUUACCAUGGCCUUAGCCGUGCAGGGGCCAGGCGCCAACACCAUGGAAAAUGUCCACCGGGUGUCUGACUCACUCUCGUGUGGUUUGGAACUGACGCUCAAUCACACCAAGGAGCUUAUAGAGGAGGCGAAACAGCCGUUAUUACGUGCUGUGCGUUUUCUGAAGAGCAUCGGAACAAAGCUGUUUUCUGUCUCGGAACGUACCAGGAGAUUCUUCAGCUCCAUGCUCAACGGAGUGAAACAUAUUGGGAGGUCGCUGCGCAAUGUCUGGGAAUUUCUCAGCAACAUGGGGGAGGUCUGUAAUGAAGAGCUGGAAACCCCUUAUACAAAAUGCAUCGGGAUCUUCAACAGAGGCAAAGAGCAGUGCUUCAAAUCCUUGUCAAUCCUGGGCUUCCUGUGUUACAUUGUGGAUGCCUUCCGACCUCUGUGCGGCCUCGCCAAAUCUGUCACCCUACUGUGUGCCAUCCCAUCCUACAUUCAGACGUUUGUUAGAAAACACCUGCAAACCCCCUUGGUUUCCGUGCUCCGAUACACCAAAGACCAGUUCCAAUUCAAUUUGACGGUGAUCCACGAAUUUGGAGUAAUGGUGAACGCCAGCAAGAGCGUCAUGCAGGUGGCCACAGACAUCAUGGAGGAGAUCCAGGAGUACAUGGAACCGUACCGGAAGGCUCUCAGCCUCUUCACGUACUCCAUGAUCUGUGUCAUCCUCUACUACUUCAUAAUGGCCAUGCGCUACCGCUAUAUGUACCUGCACGAUGAUGAGUUUGACAAUGUCUAUAUUACACAGAGAUUCAUCCGGAUUGAUGUUAUCAGGGAGAGAAGCAACCAGCCGACCUUACUCCCUCUGUCCUCUACAGAAGCCUGUGACUAUAUCCGCCCCGGCUCACUUGCCCUUACCAGACAUGAGAGGAAAGGCUACACAUUUGCAAUUAUCAAUGUGUUUCGGAGCCUGCUUAUCGUCUCAGUGUUCUUGUUAGUCGAUUAUGUCAUCUUCUGGCUCCUGGAUAUGACGGUGUAUCAUCUGCAAGCCGACGUGGUGGCCCAAGCUCCUGUGCUCGUUACACUGACUGCGUCCGGAAAGGGAUUCUUCAGAGAGAUCUUCUCCAGGGUUGUCGAUGCUUUCAACGUCAUGCAGAAUACCAACUUCACCAUCUUCUCUAAGAAGUGCCUCAUCCGUCCCUCACCACCAGACGUCACCAUGUACUUCCUGAUUGUAUCCCUACUGCCAAGGGUUCUGAGAAAACUCAAACAGAAAGGAGGCAACCUCAUAGUGGCAGCCCUGGCAUGGUUCUCAGACCUGCAGGAUCUCAGUGGGAACCUUCCACUUCAACUACGCCAAGACCUCUUGACUCAGGGAUCGUGUCUGCCACGUCUGUCUUUGUUGUUCCUCCAGUCGGACUGGUUUGAGCUUCUACAGGAGGUUGAGGUCAAGUUUCUCACGUGGAAGUCCUCAGAGUGGGAAGCGGACUUCGGGGUGUACGUCCUGACGACUGAGGUGUUCUACGAAUUCGUCUUGAAUGCCUUACAAGAGUCUCCAUUUGAACCUCUUGAAUCUGUGGACCUUAAAUGCCUUACGCUUAAGGUCGCAUUUCUGUUGGCUAUUGCCUCUGCUAGGAGGGUGUCGGACUUAGGCGCUUUGUCCUGUCAUCCACUCUUUCUGAUUUAUCAUUGUGACCGGGCUAUUCUUCGAACUCACCCUGGUUAUUUGCCUAAGGUGGUUUCUUCUUUCCACCUUAACCAGGAGAUUGUGGUUCCGGCCUUCAUCUCUUUUGGUCUAUCCUCCAAUGAAAAAUCUUUGGAUGUGGUACGGGCUCUCCGUGUUUAUGUGGAGAGGACUGCCUCCAUCAAGAGGUCUGAUUCCCUUGUUGUACUGUUUGGUUUCCACAAACGUGGAUGGCCUGCGAAUAAGCAAACCUUGGACCGAUAG